ACUAAAGGCGGUGCUCCAGCAUGGCCGCAGUCAAAUGACUGAAACAAGUAAAAGAGUAAAGAGUAACUAAACACUUAAUUAAAAAAACUGCCGUUCAAACCGAAAAGAUCCGUACCUAGUAGAGUUUUAUAGCAGAAUAUAUGAGUACAUUUUAUUAAAAUAAUCUGAUGAAAAUUGGGAUUAAGAAAAAACCGGAACGAAACCAACCAGUCAGUAGAGCCAUCUAUUGGAGAAUUGAAGGAAUACAACUUUACAAAGGGAAAUAACUUCAACUCCACUUUGCCGCCACCAAUUAAAUUAUUAAUUAAGGUGCUUAAUUACUGAUCGUUGACUCGCUGUUUAUGUCUGAAUACGAAUAACACAUCGUGUCAACAUAAAAGAAAUUUCUUCAAGCAGAUGUGCCUCUGAUGUUUUUAUUGACUUUCCUUGACUGAAGGACGUCCACGUAUUAACAAGAAACAUUCAUCAAUACAUCAUACUCUUAAUAUAAAUUUGAUUUUCGACAAAUGAUGGGAAAAAAUUUCUGGACAUUGUUUUUCACAACAACAUUGUUUUUCUUCACUGUCUGCAAUGUAGAGGAGAUUAUCAAUUAACAGUUUGAUUAACGUUGGAUAACUUUACAAAAGAUUUGACAGUUUACAUUUUAGACAUUAAGUAAAAUCACAAACGAAAGAAACAUAAGAUGAAAUUAUUCUCUAGAAAUAGUGACACAACUAAACACUAACAUCCACAGAAUUUUGAAAAACACACUAUUAUUGUGAUAUUUAUUAUUCUCUCAUAAUGAAUAAUUUGACUGAACCAAAAACCCCUGAUACAAGAGAGAAGCCAUAUCAUUGUGAUGUCUGUGGUAAGUCAUUCUCUCAAAGUGGUUCUUUGACUUGUCACAAACGUAUUCAUACUGGGGAAAAUCCAUAUCACUGUGAUAUCUGUGGUAAAUUAUUUUCUGGGUCUGGUCCCUUGAAAUCACACAAACGUGUUCAUACAGGAGAGAAGCCAUAUCACUGUGAUAUUUGUGGUAAAUCAUUCUCUCAAAGGGGUCACUUGACUAAACACACAUACACACAUACAGUAGAUAAGCCAUUUCAUUGUGAUAUCUGUGAUAAAUUUUUCACUACCAAUAGUCUCUUAAUUCGUCACAAACGCAUUCAUACUGGGGAAAAACCACAUCACUGUGAUAUCUGUGGUAAAUCAUUCUCUCAAAAUUAUGCCUUAACAAUACACAAACGUAUUCAUACUGGGGAAAAGCCAUAUCACUGUGAUAUCUGUGGUAAAUCAUUCUCUGAAAGGGGUUCUUUGACUCGUCACGAACGUAUUCAUACUGGGGAAAAUCCAUAUCACUGUGAUAUCUGUGGUAAAUUAUUUUCUGGGUCUGGUCCCUUGAAAUCACACAAACGUGUUCAUACAGGAGAGAAGCCAUAUCACUGUGAUAUUUGUGGUAAAUCAUUCUCUCAAAGGGGUAACUUGACUUAUCACAAACGUAUUCAUACUGGGGAAAAACCAUAUCAGUGUGAUAUUUGUGGUAAAUUAUUUUCUAGGUUUGUGCCCUUGAAAUCACACAAACGUGUUCAUACAGGAGAGGAGCCAUAUCACUGUGAUAUUUGUGGUAAAUCAAUUUCCACAAAAGAAACUUUGGCUCGUCACAAACGUAUUCAUACUGGGGAGAAGCCAUAUCAAUGUGAUAUCUGUGGUAAAUCAUUCUCUCAAGGUGGUGACGUGCUUAAACACAAACGUACUCAUACAGGUGAGAAGCCAUAUCAUUGUAAUAUCUGUGGUAAAUCAUUCUCCCAAAAUGUGGGCUUGUCUAAACACAAAUGUACCCAUACGGGGAAGAAGCCACAUGAUUGUGAUAUCUGGUGAAUCAUUCUCUAGCAAUAGUAACAAACCUAUUCAUACUGGGGAAAAACCAUAUCAGUGUGAUAUCUGUGGUAAACCAUUCUCUGCAAAUGGCCUCUCAAGUACACAUGUGAGUAUU